CCUUAGCCACAGCUAUACAAUACAAAUUAACCUAACCUAAAAAUAUUUGAAAAUAAAAAUUUGUUGUGGAAAUGGAACACUUUAAAUUACGAUUAGCAAAACAUGUGUUAACCCAAGCAACCAGGAAGAUUAGCAAAUACUUAGAUAAGGAUAGAUCUUCAAAGGCCAUCCGUACCCAAUUCAUGAACUACUUUGUUAACGAUUGCAGUCACAACUUUGUCCGUUCUAGUCCUGUAGUUCCCCUUCACGAUUCCAGCGUACCAUUUGUCAAUGCAGGAAUGAAUCAGUUCAAAGGAAUUUUUUUGGGGACACAAACUGCAUUACAUAAAAAAGUUGCAAAUUCCCAAAAGUGUGUAAGGGUCGGGGGAAAGCAUAAUGACUUAAACGUAAUAGGAUUGGAUGGUUAUCAUCACACCUUCUUCGAAAUGCUUGGGAAUUGGUCAUUUGGCGAAUGUGUAAAGAUGGAUGCCAUCAAAUUAGUAUGGGAUCUUCUAAUACAAAAAUACAAGAUACCAAAAGAUUUACUCUACGUUACUUAUUUUGGCGGUGAUGCUACUUUGGGACUAGAAGCUGACAUUGAAUGUAAACACAUCUGGAGAAGUUUGGGUGUUGCGCCGGAAAGAAUUGUACCUUUCGGUGCAAAAGAUAAUUUUUGGGAAAUGGGGGCCACCGGUCCCUGUGGUACUUGUACCGAAAUCCAUGUAGACAGAUUGGGCUAUAACAAUCGGUCAAAUUUCAUCAAUAAAGGACUACAAGAUCUUACAGAGUUAUGGAAUAUCGUUUUUAUUGAGUACAACAGGAAAGAAGACGGCACAAUUGAACCUCUUCCUGAAAGUCAUGUAGACACGGGCAUGGGAUUCGAAAGACUUACAGCUGUGUUGCAAGGAAAAAUGAGUAACUAUGACACGGACUUAUUUUCCGAUAUAUUUAGAGGAAUAGAAAAAAUAUGUAAAGGUGUUCCCCAAUAUAAAGGACAGUUUGGAGAAAACGAUUGGGAUCAUUUGGACACAAGUUAUCGAAUAUUAGCCGAUCAUGCACGGAUGAUUACAGUCUGUUUGGCUGAUGGUGUGAUACCUGAUCAGAAUCAGAAGUUACGAAAAAUUAUGCGUAAAGCUUUUCUGGUGAGCGAAAUCUACUUCAAGAAGGAGGGACUUUUGAAAGAGCUAUCAAAUUACGUCGUUGAAACCUUGGGAUAUAUUUAUCCCGAGUUAGAAAAAAAUAUUACUCAGGUCCACGACAUAAUCUCCUAUGAGGAAGACGUCCACAAAUUGCUGCGCAAAAAUUCGUUGAAUGAGUGGCAGCACAUUAUUACCGAUGAGCCUAAGUUAGCCAAUUUGGAUAUCGUUGAAACUCCGGGAUUAACAAAUGCGUAUAAAGAAAUCAAGUCAUUACCGGACAAAGUGAUAUCCCCUAAAGUCGCGUUCAAGUUAUACGAUACAUAUGGGGUAGAUGAAGAGAUUAUUUUAAGACUGUCGGAAGCACUUGGAAUGAAAUUUGUGCAAGAGGACUUUAAGCAUGAGCUUAAUGUUGCUAAAGAAAAAAGCAGAGGGAAACUAAUUUUGAAUGAAAAGAGUGUUAUGAAACAACUAAUUGUGGAAAACACUCCCCUAACCAAUGAUGAAUACAAGUACCAAUAUACCAAGGAGGCUGGCACUUACAGUUUUCCUCUUUUACAAGUGAAGCUACUCAAAGUUGUCUGUGACAAUGUGUUACUUUCUAAUUUAACGUGUAAUGUGGAAUGUGAUAUUAUCUUAGAUAAAAGUAACUUCUACACACAAUCCGGCGGUCAACUCGGUGACCACGGUUCGGUUAAGUUUGGAAAAUCGUCAUUCGAAAUCAAAAACACGCGAAAAGUCGGCGGUUUUAUUCUACACAGAGGCGUUUUAAAGAGCGAAGAUUUGAUCACGUUACCCCUUGAAUCCGUCGGUUACUUGGAGAUUGAUAUGGCAUCUCGACUGGGGUGCAUGAAGAAUCAUACCGCAACGCAUUUAGUGAACUGCUUAUUAAAGAAUAUUAAAUCGGUCACCUGCCAAAAAUCUAGUAAAGUCACAUCGAGAUAUUUAACUUUCGACGUUGGGAUCUUCGGAAGUAAGUUGUCAAGCGAAGAUUUAGAAAAGGUUGAAGCAGAGGUCAAGAAAUUAAUUGCUGUGAGCGUAGAUGUUACGACCUAUGACGUCGAUAGUCAGGAACUUCACGCGUUAGAUAAUGUUGUUUGCAUUCCUGGUGAAACUUAUCCUUCCAUUGGAAUUCGACUUGUGGAAAUUAAAUCGAACGAUGGCUUUUUGUCUAGGGAACCUUGUUGUGGAACGCAUGUUCUAAAUACUUCUGACUUGGAAGAUUUUUGUUUCAUUGGGAUGCAGUCACUAGGGCGCACAACUACAUCACUGCAUGCAGUAACCGGAUAUCGUGCAAAACUAGCACAGAAGAAUGGUUCACAGUUGCUACAAGAAAUGCAGAAGUGUCAAAAACAGUUGAAAAACUAUAAUACCAAGCCAAACAUGGUGGAUACUGCACUUACUUUAAUAAAACAAAAAUUAAAGUAUGACAUUGAUAGCGAUUCAAUUCUCCCUUUUACCAUUAAGCAGAACUGUUUGGACUUUUUGAACAAUAUAAGUCAACAGAUUAAAGAGAUGCAAAAUAAUCUAAUCGAAUCCGAAAUAAGGCUAGCUUUGAAAAGAAACGGCGAGGAUCAGAAAUUUAUUGUUCACUACUUAGAGUGCUCCAAAAACAUGGAUACGCUACCUCUUCAUAAGGCAACGAAAGUAUGCCGCCAAGUACCAGUUCUAGUAAUAUCGAAGGUUAACAAUGUCAUACGAGCACGGUGUUGUGUACCUGAGAGAUUAAAAAAUGAAAAAUUUGACGCUGAAAAAUGGUUAGGCAAUACAGUAGGUACAAUAUUCGACAGUGUCUUAAGUAAUGCUAAGGAUCAAGAUACAACGCUGGUUUCUAACCUAAAAUCGAGAAAGAUCAAUACUGCAGACUGUGAUCAACUGUUAAAAAUGAGUAUAGAAGCAGCUACGAAUUAUGCUAGGCAAUAUCUGAAAUAGGUUUCAAUUCAAUUCAACCAAUUGUAGGAAAUAAUUGUACAAUAAAUGAGAAGUGUUGUUGCUACAUCUAUGUA